AUGACCACAUCACGCGACCCGGAAAGGGACCCUUUCCCGCCGGAAACCUCUUCGGAACAGAGAGACGAGCAAAGCCAAUCCAGCGAUAGCGAAGAUGAAAUUACAGAAAUUGGCCGGAAUGCAAACGGGUCUGGCAAGUCGCCGGACACCGCACCGGAUGGGGCCCCAUCCGCCGGCCGAAAUGACCCGGCGGCCGCCAGGACACGGUCCCGGGCCUCCUCCACCCGCUCCCGUGCUCUGUCAAUCGUUCCCCGGUCAAAACGGCGAGGACUUUUUGGCCAACUCGCCGUCAUCCCCGAGGUGGACUGCCCAUACGACUACGCAAACAGGACAAAAUGGACAAUCACUCUCAUUAUUGCCAUUGCCGCGGCCGUCUCGCCCAUGGGUUCCUCCAUCUUUUAUCCCGCCCUACCACAAAUGUCUGUAGAAUUCGGCGUGUCACCAACCAUCACCAACUUGUCCGUGGCAUUCUACAUGCUCGCCAUGGCCAUCUUCCCGCUAUGGUGGUCCUCCUUCUCGGAAACCCUAGGCCGCCGGACCAUCUACCUCAUCUCAUUCACUCUCUUCGUCAUCUUCUCCAUCCUCAGCGCCGUGAGCGUGAACAUUGAAAUGCUCAUCGUGAUGCGUCUCCUUGGCGGUGGUGCUAGCGCGAGUGUCCAGGCCGUCGGCGCCGGCACCAUCGCCGACAUCUGGGAGCCGCACGAGAGAGGUCGCGGCAUGAGCAUCUUCUACCUCGGCCCGCUGUGCGGACCCCUCCUCGCGCCCAUCAUCGGCGGAGCGCUCGCGCAGCGCUUCGGCUGGCAGUCCACGAUGUGGGCGCUGGCCAUCUACGGCGGUCUGGUGCUGAUCAUGAUCCUCUUCUGCCUGCCCGAGACCCUGGCGCGGCCGAAGCCCCCGGCGCCGCCGGCCCGCGGGGUGUCGUCCGAGGGGGGCGGCGGCGGCGGCGAGAAGGUGGCCCUCUCCCGGACGAAGACGAGCGACUCGGUAAAGGUGCACACGAAGAAGGCGGCGGAGGUGCUGAAGAAGUCCUUUGUCGACCCGCUGUCGGUGCUGCUCUACCUGCGCUUCCCGCCCGUCAUCAUCACGGUGGCCUUCGCCGCCAUCACCUUUGGCGCCCUCUUCGUCGUCAACAUCUCGGUGCAGUCCACCUUCUCCAAGGAGCCCUACGGCUUCAGCCAGCUCAUCAUCGGCCUGUUCUACUUCCCCGCGGGCAUCGGCUACUUCCUCGCCUCGCUCCUCGGAGGCCGAUGGCUCGACCUCAUCAUGGCGAGGGAGGCCAAGAAGGCCGGCCGUUACGACGCCAACGGCAAACUCGUCAUGCUGCCCGAGGACCGCAUGCGCGAGAACGCCUGGAUCGCCGCGACGGUGUACCCGGCCUCGCUCAUAUUCUACGGCUGGGUCGUCCAGAAGGGUCUAUUCUGGUUCGUGCCGUGCAUCAGCCUCUUCACCUUUGGAGCCAGCUCGAUGCUCGUAUUCGGCGCCGCUACCACCAUGCUAACGGAGUUCAUGCCAAAACGCAGCUCAGGCGGCGUGGCAGUCAACAACUUUGUCAGGAACAUCUUCAGUUGCGUCGGCGCCAUCGCCGCGCAGCCUGUCAUCAACGCCAUUGGCAACGGGUGGCUUUUCACCAUACUAGGCAUUUUUACGUGGAUCACGGGGUAUCUAUGUGUCUGGGUGCUGAGGAAGAAGGCACCGGAAUGGAGGAAGAGCAUGGACGAGGCGUUGAACAAGUAG